AUGAGUGAGCGCGCUCCUCUUCUCGACCGUGAUGGUCUACCUCUCCCGCGUGGCGCUCUUCAUGAUCACCAGCCUAUCUUCCUACGAGUCUGCCAUUCCCCGUGGAGAUUCAUCAACCAGAACACCCUCUGCUAUCUCCGUGGCAUCAUCCUCGUUUACUUGCUAGCCGUCAUGGGCAUGCUCAUCGACUUCAAGGUCAACCGCGAGGACAAGCACUCGGGCUGGCGUAUGAUAUUCGAGUUCGACACCAUCACCUUCGGUCUAAUAGUCCUCUACCACAUCAUGGCCUUCUCUUGGACGCUGACCCAUCUGCACUGGCCCCAUAUCGACGAGAGCGACCAGACGUGGGAGUCCCGGAUCCUGCGGGCCAUGUCGCCUCCCGAGCAGCCGAGCUACUCGCGGCGCCGCUUCUACUUCAGCCUUUUCUACUCGCUGGUUCACGUCUACAGUUUCAUGGUCACUCUCAUCUACUGGGCGGUGCUCGUUCCCCAGGGCCACGGCCAUUUGCCCAAACACGACGGAGAACCCCCCAAGGUUGGCCAUAACUUCUUGGACCACCUGUUCUCCGAGGGAUGGUUCAAGCCCUUCUGCCUCUACAACCUGUAUACAAUGCCGUCCAUCCUCGCAGUGUUUGAGAUUCUGUUCCUGAAUAGCAUCAAGCGCCAAGUCCCCGUCCCGAGCCACGUCUUCGCAAUCCAGUUCCUGGCUGGCUUGUACCUCGGUUGGGCCGCGAUCGGCAAGAUGCUCACUGGGUACAACCCCUUCUUCUGGAUGGGCCACAAGGGGUCCGGGUCCCGAGAGAUCGUUGCUGCCUACUGCGUUGGGUUUGUUGCGCUGGCACCUGGUGCCUUCUCCUUCAUGUACGGCCUAAUCGGCAUGCGCGACGCCAUUGUGGAGAGGGGAACCGAGCCGGAGGACAUUGCUGCUGGUCUCAGGGAGGAGCAUGGGCAGCAAGCCCGCCGUUGA